AUCAAUUAAACAAUUUAAAAAAAAAAACCUAUUGAACAAAAAAACAAAGAGAGAAAAAAAAUGACAAUCAGUGUUGGUUUUCUUUCAGCUGCUUUUCUUUUGGUUUUGCAAGAAACAAUUUUUGUUGCCUCUGCUUUUGAUCCAAGUCCUCUUCAGGACUUUUGUGUUGCAGUUGAUGAGCCUAAAUCUGCUGUAUUUGUGAAUGGGAAGUUCUGCAAGAACCCAAAGUUUGUGAGAGCAGAAGACUUUCUUUUUCGUGGGCUCAACAUAGCUGGAAACACCAUGAACAAACAAGGCUCAAACGUGACUCUUGUAAACGUAGACCGACUCCCAGGACUUAACACUCUUGGCAUCUCUUUGGCUCGCAUUGACUACGCCCCGAAUGGGCUAAACCCACCCCAUACCCACCCGAGAGCCACAGAAAUUCUCGUGGUUGUGGAAGGCACUCUCCUCGUUGGCUUUGUCACAUCCAAUCCCAACAAACUCUUCACAAAAGUUUUGAACAAAGGAGAUGUUUUUGUGUUCCCUGUUGGCCUCAUUCACUUUCAAUUUAAUGUUGGACAUUACCCAGCUCUUGCAUUUGCUGGACUUAGCAGCCAAAACCCAGGUGUUAUUACCAUUGCUAAUGCUGUUUUCGGGUCGGAUCCCCCAAUCUCGAUUGAUGUUCUCACCAAGGCUUUCCAAGUUGACAACAAUGUCAUUCACGCUCUCAUGAAACAAUUUAAAGCCUAAAAACACAAUUUACAAAGUAUAGCUUUUUCUUAAUAAUGCAUAUCAUGUAUUUGAAUUUAUGAUUAUCUCUAUAAGUUUCUAUUGCUUGUGUUGUAUUUGUGUUGUGAUCGUCGCUUUUUUGGCAAACAUAAUAAUAUAUAUAAUAUUUGGAAUA